AUGAGCACGCUGAACGUGAAAAAGCUCAAAGUGAACGAGCUGAAAGAGGAGCUGCAGCGUCGUGGCCUGGACACUCGGGGUCUGAAGGCGGAUUUAGCGGACAGGCUGCAGGCGGCGCUGGACGCCGAGGCCGCCGCCGGAGCAGCAGCAGCAGAAGAAGAAGGAGAAGAAGAGCAGGAGGCGGAAGAGGCGGAGGCAGAGGAGUGCGGGGGCGGAGAUUUUGCUGCUGAUGUGUCGGGCAACGGAGAAGCCGACGUGUCUCAGUAUGAUGACGGAAACAACGGCUGUCAGAACCAGGAAGAGGAGGCAAACAGCGAGGAAGAUGACAGUAACGAGAACAGCGAUGCUGGUUUUGGAUCGACCGACUUCACCUCAGAUGAUCUGGACCCACCAAAGCAAGGCUUCGGGCAGCAGAUACAGCAAGGCUACGACGAGGAUCAAGAAGCCGAUUGGAGCUAUGAAGAGCCAGCUAAGAGCCAGGGCUCGCAGGAUCCUGAGGUGAAGCAGGAGUACGAGGAGCCGGAUGCACAGCAAGAGCAGUUUGAGGAAGCACAGGAGCAGCCAGAAGUCAAAGAGCCAGAAACAGAACAGUCUCAGCAGCAGGUGACCGCUGUGAAAGCGGAGUUAAAGAAGGACGAUGACGCGCCGCCGCAGGAAGAGGCAGCAAAUGAUUGGACGGCCGGCGAAGGUGACGGAGCAGCGCAGGUUAAAAUGGAAGACGACCAACAGACAUCACAGAGCCGCAAAAGACCCUACGACGACGGCCGUGGAUACGGAUACUACGAGCAUCGUGAAGACAGGAGGGGCCGGUCGCCUCAGCCUCCAGCCGAGGAAGAAGAGGAAGACUUUGAUGAAAACCUUGUGGCUAUUGACACCUAUAACUGUGACCUGCAUUUCAAGGUGUCUCGAGACCGGUACAGUGGCUACCCGCUUACCAUCGAGGGGUUUGCAUAUUUGUGGGCAGGUGCCCGAGCUACUUACGGUGUUUCCAAAGGACGUAUAUGCUAUGAAAUGAAGAUCAAUGAGGAGAUUUCUGUAAAGCACCUCCCCAGCAGUGAGCCUGAUCCCCAUGUGGUGAGAAUCGGGUGGUCUUUGGACUCCUGUAGCACUCAGCUUGGAGAGGAACCCUUCUCCUAUGGCUAUGGUGGAACUGGCAAGAAAUCCUCGAACUGUAAAUUCGAGGACUAUGGAGAGAGGUUUGGUGAAAAUGAUGUCAUUGGCUGCUACCUUGACUUUGAAAGCGGAGAGCAAGUGGAGAUGGCGUUCUCCAAAAACGGCAAGUGGCUUGGGCCUUGCUACCGCAUCUCUCGUGAGGAGCUGGCCGGUCGUCCUCUCUUCCCACACAUCCUGGUGAAGAACUGCGCUAUAGAGUUCAACUUCGGACAGAAGGAGGAGCCAUAUUUCCCUCCGCCUGAGGGCUACACGUUUAUUCAGGAGCUGGCGUUGCAAGACAGAAGCAGAGGAUCAGUUGGGCCAGCUACCAAAGCAGAGUGCGAGAUUCUAAUGAUGGUAGGACUACCUGGCAGUGGAAAGACCACAUGGUCCAUUAAGCACUCCAAGGAGAACCCUGAGAAGAAGUUUAAUAUUCUGGGUACCAAUGCCAUAAUGGACAAGAUGAAGAUGAUGGGACUCCGCCGCCAGAGGAACUACUCCGGGCGCUGGGACGUUCUCAUCUCACAGGCCACGCAGUGCCUCAAUCGCCUCAUCCAGAUCGCAGCUCGCAAGAAACGCAACUACAUCCUGGACCAGACAAAUGUAUAUGGAUCAGCCCAGAGACGAAAAAUGCGUCCUUUUGAAGGGUUUCAACGCAAGGCUAUUGUAAUUUGUCCCACGGAUGAGGAUUUAAAAGAGCGAACAUUAAAGCGAACUGAUGAGGAAGGGAAGGAUGUACCCGAUCAUGCUGUUUUAGAAAUGAAAGCCAACUUCGUGCUGCCUGAUGCCGGCGAGUUCCUGGACGAGGUGAUCUUCACGGAGCUGCAGCGUGAAGAGGCCGACGCGCUCAUCAAGCAGUACAACGAGGAGGGCCGAAAGGCUGGCCCGCCACCCGACAAGCGCUUCGAUAAUCGGCCCGGAGGCUUCCGCGGCCGUGGCUUCCAGCGCUACGAGCACCAAGGCGCUCCACAGGGAGCACGAGGCUCGUACCAGAACCGUGGCAGCUCUGGAGGAGGUGGCUACCGUGGAGCCUACAACCGUGGAGGGUUCAGCCAGAACCGCUGGGGGAGCAACUAUAGAGAUACAGGAGGCCGGGGAGGCUACAACCGCAACCAACAAUCAGGAGGCAGCUACAACCACAGCCGCCAGGGCUCCUACAACAAAGGAGGCAGUGGAACCGGUGGUAGCUACAGUCAGUCCCAGCCUCAGAACUACAAUCAAGGUUACAACCAAAGUUACAACCAAGGCAGCUACAGCCAGGGGUACAACUACGGAAACUACAGCCAGUACCCAAGUUACAACCAGGGCUAUAACCAGACGCCUGCAGCCACGGGCCAGUCGUACAGUCAGCAGCAGCAGCAGCAGCAGCAGCAGCAGCAGAACUACAACCAGCAGUACCAGCAGUACGCUCAGCAGUGGCAGCAGUAUUACCAGAACCAGAGCCAAUGGAACCAGUACUACAACCAGUACGGAAAUUACGGCAACUACCAGCAGGGCCAGGGCUCGCAGCAGUAGCCGUGUCCCCCCCUGUGGCUCUUCCAUAUCAUUCCAUCAGCUCUAUUCUUCAGUUUUUUUUUUUGUUUUUUUUUAAAUUAGUCUCUUUCACUUUCAGCCAGUCUUCCUUUUCUCUCAGACCAUUCCCCCUGUGCUAAACGUUUGCUUUUACUCUCUUAACAGCCUCAGUUUUACAAUUAACUGGAUUUAUUUUGCGCCCCCCAUCAUUAUUACUGCGUUUUAUUUUUGGAUUGAGUAGUCCGCUUUGCUUCGGAAGCAUUUCCAAACACACACUGACGCGUGUGAUAAGUAGCGAUGUGUAAAGUAGUUUGGUUCAGAUUCUUGCUCGCGGGGAUGCAUAUACAUUUAAAUAAUUUCGAUUUGAGUUUUGUAUGUUGAACAUUUGCAUUAUUUUAUUUGUCUUCUAAUCAUAUGUUUUGGAAAAAAAAUUAGAUUUCAAGUAGCCCUGUUAAAUUGUUUAUGGGAUUCAGAACACAAGUGUAUCUAAUACAAGUGAAAAUUUAAAGACCCUAAUUUUUCAUAACUUAUAAUAAAUCAUAAUCAAUGAUGGAUAACGUUUUAUACCAUUCUUACAUGUCUUAAUAGUUUCAGUUUUCUCCUUGUAUCUACAAUUUAGUGAGCACUAUGUGGUUCUAAGUUUUUAUACCUUGUACCAUGUUUGUAAAACUGUAUUGGCAUGUUGUUGUUUUUUGUCUGAUCAAAGCUCAUUUUUUUGUAUUUGAGAAUAUAAUAUGAAACGAAAGCA